CCGCCCCGGCCUCGCGCCUCGCCCCGCCCCCGCGCCCCGCCCGGGCCAAUGGCGCGGCGCCGCCGGGCCGGCUGCCGGUGACGUCACGGCCGCUGAAAAGCCCCCGGUGGCCGCGGGAGCGCUGGCGGCGCAGCAUGGCCAAGCACCACCGCACCCCGGCGCGCUCCGCCGAGCCCGUCAUCGAGGUCAAGAGCAAGUUCGAUGCCGAGUUUCGCCGUUUCGCCAUCAAGCGCUCCAGCGUGGGCACCUUCCAGGACUUCUACCGCCUGCUGCAGAGCGUGCACCAGAUCCCGCGCGUGGACGUGCUGCUGGGCUACACGGACGUGCACGGCGACCUGCUGCCCAUCAACAACGACGACAACUACCACAAGGCCCUGUCCUCCGCCAACCCCCUGCUCAGGGUCAUCAUCCAGAAAAAGGCGGAGUCCGAUGCCGGCGUCUUCGCCUCCAACUCCUUGCAGCGGAAGAAGAAGGGCCUGCUGCGCCCCGCGCACUACCGGGCCAAGCCUCACCUCCUCAUCGGCAUGCCCCAGGAUUUCCGUCAGAUCUCCUCCAUCAUCGACGUGGACAUCCUGCCGGAGACCCACCGCCGCGUGCGGCUCCACAAGCACGGCUCCGACAAGCCGCUGGGCUUCUACAUCCGCGACGGCGUCAGCGUGCGCGUGGCCCCGCAGGGGGUGGAGAAGGUGCCCGGCAUCUUCAUCUCCCGCCUGGUGAAGGGCGGCUUGGCGGAGAGCACGGGGCUGCUGGCGGUGAGCGACGAGAUCCUGGAGGUCAACGGCAUCGACGUGGCCGGCAAGUCCCUGGACCAGGUGACGGACAUGAUGGUGGCCAACAGCCACAACCUCAUCAUCACCGUCAAGCCGGCCAACCAGCGCAACAACGUCAUCCGCAGCAGCAAGGCCUCGGGCAGCUCGGGCAUGUCGACGGACAGCACCCCCAGCCAGCAAACCCCCAGCCCGGCCUCGCAGUACCUGAGCAACUACAGCACGGCCGAAAGCGACGAGGAGGGCGACCUGGUCAUCGAGAGCGACAGCGCGCCACACUACAUCCCCGGGGGCUGCCCCAACGGGGGCCCCGCGGACGGACCCCUGCUGCCCAGCCCGUCCCCGCACAGCUCGCGGGGCUCCCUGCAGUCCCUGGGCAGCCACGAUGGCAGCCCCGGCCGGGGCAGCGUGCGGGAGGACGGCACCCUGCUCACCCUAUAGCCACGGGGCCGUGCUCCCAUGCUGCCCCUUAUGCAGCCGGCCGGGUUUUGGCACGGCCUGGACUGGUUGUGGGCACCUGGGGGAUGGCGGGGGCCAAGCAGGGCUGCCCCCGUCCUCUGCCCCUGCCCUGGGUCCCCACGGCAGCAGCUGCUCCCGCUGGGUGCUCCCUACCUGAGCACCCCGCCUCCCACCCCACUUCUUCUGAACGAGUGGGUUUUUUAAUUGUUUUAUCAGAAUACGCAUCACUGAGUAAUAUAUUGCAAUGGACAGUAAAACCUUUUAUAGAAAGCACCCUGCUUUGUCCAUCGUUCACAUCUCCGCAGGGGUCAGCACCAGGCCCCAAACACCCUGAGGUGCUGCUCCCCCCUCCAGGACAGCAAUAACCCUACAGAACCCCCCAGCAUGUGCUGUGGCGUUGCUGCUGCUUGGGGUGGCCCCGGUAAGGGCCACGGUGGGGAGUUUUGGAAGGACGCUGGGGCACAUCACCUCCCUGCGUCUCUCUGUCCCGCUGGUCCUCCUCACCUGGUCCUCCCUAGUCUGCGUUGGUCUAGCAGCAGCUAGGGAGGAGGAGGAGGACCUUCAGCCCCCUGGGAUGGUGAAGGCUGAGCUGGAAGCAGCUCCCCAUGGCCACUAAGCAAGGCCAUAGACAGGCAAGACAGCAAACCAGACAGCAGAGCUGGUUAGGCCGGGCUUGUUUACAGCAGGGAAGCGCACAGGGACUGGCACACACAGCCCCUAGGCUACCCACAGCAGGGCCAGGGCUGCUCUAAGCACAGCCCUCAUCCAGCCAGCUCAGCCUCGCGGCAGCGAUGCCCUGAGGAGCAGCCUCAUGGGAGCACGAGGCCAUUUUCCAGCUGGCACCUUGCCCCCUCCA